AUGACUAACCUUCUAGCGUGGGGUGAUGCGCUCUUCCUCUUGCGCUGCGAGCUUGCCUUCGCGCUGCCAGCAGACGCGCGUCUUGUCGCCGCCAAAGAAGUUGAGGACACUGAGCUUGCCAUUCACUAUCCAUUACUAGUUUUCCACGGCAAACAAGAAAGUGAUCACGAACUAUCACUCGAUACUUCGUCAGUAGCUCGCAACCUUGGUGUACACACAAGGAGAUACACAAAUCACCUUGUCGAUAACGUAUCACCCGAAGGGCGUGAAUGUCUGUUCUUCUGCAUAUUGUUUGAUACAGAUAGCGAUGACGUAAUUGGUUUGCGCUUAUUGAACAAGUUGAAUUAUUUGACACAUGAUAACAAAGCACCAGACGGCGAAAGUAAAGCAGUUUUUGGUAACGCUUGCAAUUCGCCACAAUGUUUGAUAUCGGAUGGUCCCCAUGUGCUACUUUCCGAACGCCAUGCGCAAACAGUGAUGAUUUUAAGGUUGCAAAGAGGUACUGACGGUGAUAUUAGUGGAUUUUACGUUUGGUAUACACAAGUGGACGUGACCCAUAGUAUAACAAGCUUUCCACCCGAAACCUUUCAGGUGGUGUCUUGUGCGUAUGUGUCGAGAACACACGCCUCCAAACCACAUAUGCUGAUCCAUGCACAACGAAAGAUCAGGUUAUCUGCUGAUGAUGACAGGAAGUCUCACAUCUGGAGCAUCGUGACCUUGGACGGUGAAAACAACGAACGAAUGGGAUUUCACGGCCUCGGCUUCUCCAAUACGAUACAUGUACAUUCAAAUGGAGUUUUAAUCGUUUCCUAUGCACUGCCUGCCCCACCUGUCGAAAUGUUCAUGUGGGAGACUGAUGUCUUAAGCCAGUAUCAUGUGCUUUGUUUGCGCUGUGAUGAUGUCGACCGCUCAUUUUAUUUUCUGGGGUUUUCCAGCAACGCACAGAAAUCAUCUAUGGAUCUUCUUCUUUCUUUUAAGAAUGUAGGAUUCGCGUAUGCUGCUAACUUUGCGGGGAUUCAUACAGGUGACUUUUCGGCGUUUCGUCAAGUACUUCUCCUGAAUCACUUAUCUACAAUUGUUGAAACAAGCAGCAACAGUACAGAGAAUGAAGCGGGUAGCGAUCACCAUGUGAAUGACUGGUAUCUUAUUAAGCGCAGCGUUCUUGUCAUACAAAAAGCUUUCGCGCCAUAUGCAAAGCUUUGUUGUCAUCGGCUGCGAUUGCGAGAAAAAAAAACGUCGAUGGAUGACACCCACUCCCGCAAACGCUCACGCAAUGACAAGAAAAGCAGUUCUAGUCGCUUAACCAUGGAGCCUCUCCGCUGCAUUGAGCUCAUCCAAAAGCCUUCGUUACGUGAUAAGCUGGCAGGUCAAGAUGACAAAGAACAAUGUUGCGUAUCAAAUUUUCUCGCUUUGCAGUCGCAGCUCAACAAGCUUGUGAAUAAUCUCUUAGCACGCCUGAAUCAUGGAAUUCAAUUGUUGGACCGAUUACAAAAGAUCGUGGGAGACAAGGAAGCACUGAUUCAUAAUCUUAUUUUGUUUAUAGCGGAACAAUGGCAAACGCAACAGAGUGGAGUGGCUUACGGAAAUUUGAGCUCUUUCAUAGGUUCACACAAUUCUCUCUUCGAUUCCAGAUCGUUUGUCGAUAUGAAAAUUAUUGUCGAUUCUCCGCUUAAUCUCGUCACCUUCACCACAAACACAAACGAAGCAUGGGAAAACGUUUUGAGAUUCACAUUGGAGGAUUCUAAAAUGCAUAUUGUACUGCAGCAAUUUCGUGUACUCCAACACUCUCCGUCGUCUUCUUUUAUCUAUGCUGAAGUGCUGCUGAGGAGUAUGGCUGGCUUAGAACUUGAUGAUAGUUUUGUUGUGCUUACUGCGCAUCCCGGGACAGCCGUACAAUGGUAUCAAAGCUCGUCCACAAUAUUUUCAAAACUCUCAUCUGGCGGCGAAAUGGCAGAUCAAACAGCCCGGUUCAAUCUCAAGCUGCACUUUGAACCAAAAUUUACCUUUUUGCGGCAGCGAAAGCCGCUAGAGUUAACACUGUGGCUUCACUGGGGUCCACCUCAAGGGGAUCAUGACUUGCGGUCAAACGUGGCUGCUGUUGCUAUCGCACCUAUUAGAAUCUAUCCUGAUGAUGUGCUAGCAGCUGGAAGAGAGCUGCAUAAUGGAGCUUGGGACAAUAAAAGCUGCUCGAAAGAAUCACUGCUCUUUCUUUCAUCAGGAUCAAAUUUGGUGUCGUGGUCUCACGAAUUGAUGCUUUACGAGAUGAGCAGAAUGAUCGCAAAACUACCGUCGGAUGUGUACGUGAUGCGCAAUCCGCUCCAGAUUUCUCAAUUGCGUGCAUUGCAGCGUCUACUGCGUCUUAUGCGUAAUGAGCUUAAACAAAGCCCGAUCGAGCACAUAGUUUCAGAAAGUCAGGCUCAAACGUCUCGGCAAGAACAACUUAUAUCAAUACACCGCUCCAUGCAACACGACACAGACCUUCAGGCAAAUCAGGUUCUUCAUAAAUUGCAGAAACGCGUUAACUUUCACACAAUGUGGUUUAAUGCUACCGACACAAGCAAUUAA